UGAAGCCACAAACCAAAUAACGUCGUUAUGAUCACAAGCUUUUUGCAGGCACUCACACAUUCUCACUCAUAAACUCAUUAAUGACUCUUAGCUCUGAGAGAGAGAAGAAAAGUGGAGGCGAUCAGAGCCGCGCAGGCGCAGCAACUGCCAUCGAACUCAGCGCUAGCUCACGUGACCGAUCUCUGCUGAAAUCGCAACUCGCCGAUCCAAAGAAGCACCGUUCGCCGCCGCUGAUUUCGAGCUGCCGUCGCUCAGGUCCGCGCGCAUGCCACCGCGGCCGUCGGAGACGGAGGAAACGCGAGGAUCUCUCGGAGAAGUUGGCGCGGCGCUGAGAGAGUGCUGCGGCUGCGGAGUCUGAUCCUGGACGGCAGCGAGUUACGCUCAGAGAGCAUGAGCUGGAUUUGGAGAUGGACCCAAAAAAUCAUGCUCAAAUCUCUUCUAGAGCUGGUGAUGAAUCAGAGAUGAGUUCUAAUGCUACUGGAUUGGUACAAGUUGACACAAUUGAUGAAGGAAAAGGAAAUAUUUUUAUUAAAGAAGAAAAGGCUCCUGCUGUUUCUGCCUCGGCAUCAGCCUCAAACCAUGGUUCGGGGUCAAGCAUAGUUCAGGGAGAGGAAACUGUGAGUAUAAGGGAAAAAUUGGUGGCUAAUUUGUAUCCCAGAAAAGUUGAUAAAGGAAGAAAAUCAUCAGCUCAUAUAAACAAUUCUUCAGGGAAGAGGAAAGUGAAGGUGGAUUGGACACCCGAGCUGCACAAACAGUUUGUUCAAGCAGUUGAACAGCUUGGUGUGGACAAGGCCGUGCCUUCAAAGAUUCUUGAGCUUAUGGAAACUGAUUGUCUUACUCGCCAUAAUAUUGCCAGCCAUCUUCAAAAAUAUCGAUCUCAUAGGAAACAUUUGCUAGCUCGAGAAGCAGAGGUAGCAACAUGGAGCCGGAAGCGGCAGCUAUACAGAACCACAGGGAGCACAGGCAAGAGUGAUGCAAAUUCUUGGGCUGUACCCGCCACGGGAUUCCCUCCAGUGACAUCAGUGUCUCGUUCUAGACCCUUCCAUGUUUGGGGUCAUCCAUCACCAAACCAAUCGUUAGUUUAUAUGUGGCCUGGUUAUCCAGCCUCAUCACCCUCUCCUCCUGCUUGGGGUGCCGGACAUUCUCCGGCACCACCUCUAACUGGGGACCCUUCUUUCUGGAAUUGUCACCACCAAGAUGUUCCUGCACAAGGAAUGCCUUGCUAUCCCUCACAUUUUCCUCAACCGACAUUUGUCACUCCCCCAGUCCCAGGACUACCACCUUCUUCUAUAUACAGAGUGGCACCAAGCAUUGGUGUCCCUGUCGGCCUGACUGGACAAAAACCGGUUCAACCACUAAUGGACUCUCACCUGUCUCCAGAGAGCAUAGAUGCAGUCAUUGGGGACGUUCUAUCCAAGCCAUGGCUGCCGCUGCCACUUGGACUCAAACCCCCGUCCACAGACAGCGUCGUGGUGGAGCUGCAACGUCAAGGAAUAUCAAAGAUACCACCAACCUGCGCUUAAGCAGUUUGCUACCUACUCCUAGCUGCAGAGUUUACAGCCAAUAUAGCAGAAGUAAAAUCUCUCCCACAUAACUUAGAUGGAAAUAAUCUCUAUGUGCAUAACUUAUCUCCUCCGCCCCUCAGCUCUCCGUUCUUCGUUUCAUUUGCUCGAUCUAGCUGAACUGAGCUAUAUUCCAGCGAAAGUUCUUAUAUGAAUCGCGUGUGCAUAGAUUAUGCCGACGUCUUUGACACCAGAUUCAUAUGAAUUUUCCCUAUAAGUGGAAGUAUGAAAGUGGAAUGUUGUCAAAAUAUUUGUAAAUGAGGGCUUUAAUCCAACAGUAGUCUCAACUGAGGAGUGAGGACCAUCAACUGCAUGGCCCCCUUGCUUUUUUCUGUUUUGCCUUUCACAUGUUAUCUGAUUUUCAUGAUUUUAGAUCCA